CAGUAAUCAAGAUGACUUGAAGUCUGACAAGACAUCAUCAAGGCUCUCCGCUGAUGUUUUAUGCAUGCGAGGAUUAUUAAAAAAAAUUAUGAAGACUCCAUAUAAUCCUAGAGAGCCAUGGACUAUCCUUGUAACAGGAUUUAAAGGAACACUGUACAUGGUAAACUGGAAACCUUACAGUGAGGACAAAGAAGAAAAUGAAGUGCCAAAGAAUGUUGGAUUCUGGGGCCACAAAUUUGAACAGUAUAUGAAAGCAGGUAGAUUUCUUAAGCCAUUUAUCGAGGGGCUUGUUAUUAAGAAAUACAUUACUCAUUUAAGAUGAUAUGCAAGAUCUGUUAGAUGAGAAAUAUUGUUUUGUAUAAGCUUUCAACAACAAAAUUUUUAUAGAACUGAAACUUCAGGCAGUAUCCAUGGAUGUCCUCAGGUAAUUAUGAGUCAGAAAAAUUGUCUCAAGUAUUAUCUGAGACAUUUUUCUUGUGUAAUCUCAACCAGUUUGUCUCAGACAGAUGGUGUGCCACACAAAAAUAUCCCGAAAUGAAUAGAUAGAAUAAAAACCUUUAUCUUACUCAAAAUAGCAUUCAUAUUGCAUAUACUGUAACAUUAUUCUAAUGCCAAUAUUAAUGUGUUAUUA